AUCAUUUCCCAGAGUGGGCUUACAAGACCGAGUCCAGCCCUGGCUCCCGACAGAUCCAGUUAUGGCAUUUCAUCCUGGAGCUGCUGCAGAAGGAGGAGUUCCGCCAUGUCAUCGCCUGGCAGCAGGGCGAGUACGGGGAGUUUGUCAUCAAGGACCCUGAUGAAGUGGCCCGGCUGUGGGGCAGGAGAAAAUGCAAACCCCAGAUGAACUAUGACAAGCUGAGCCGGGCGCUCAGAUACUAUUACAACAAGAGGAUUCUCCACAAGACAAAGGGCAAAAGGUUUACCUACAAGUUCAACUUCAACAAGCUGGUGAUGCCCAACUACCCGUUCAUUAACAUUCGGCCUAAUGGUGUCGUUCCUCAGAGCGCUCCUCCCGUCCCAACCGCUUCGUCCCGCUUCCACUUCCCGCCGCUGGACAGCCACUCUCCCACCGAGGAUGCCCAGCCCAGUCGAUUCUCCGCUGGCUCCCUGGUGCCAUCCAACCCCGAAGGGCUGGGGGACGGCGGUGAGAGGAAGCCGGACAUGCCGGAGCUGGAGGACGGCUCCUCGGAUUGGCGCCGUGGCGUGGAUCUCAUGGCCUCGCGCAACGCCGUGGGCGCCGGCGGCGUCAACCACCAGAAGCGCAAGCCCGACAUCAUGCUCCCUCUCUUCACCAGGCCCGGGAUCUACCCGGAUCCUCACAGCCCCUUUGCCGUGUCCCCUCUGCCGGGGCGCGGCGGGGUCCUCAACGUCCCGAUCUCUCCUGCGUUGUCCCUGACUCCCACCCUCUUCUCCUACAGCCCCUCUCCGGGCCUCAGCCCCUUCACAGGUAGCAGCUGCUUCUCUUUUAACCCCGAGGAAAUGAAACACUACCUGCAUUCGCAAGCCUGCUCCGUCUUCAACUACCACCUGAGUCCGCGGACUUUCCCCCGCUAUCCGCUCAUGGUGCCGCCACUACAGUGCCAAAUGCCCCUCGAGGAGCAGCCCCAGUUCCCCAUCAAGCUACAGCCUCCCCCUGUGGGCCGCAAAAACAGAGAGAGACUGGAAAGCGCUGAGGAGCCAGCGGCCCCCCAGCUCGCUACUCCUCCUCCCAGGGUCAAGGUUGAGCCCGCGAUGGACAAGGAGGCAGAGGCCGAAGAGCCACCGGCGAAAGGAAAAGAGAAAAGUGAGCGAGAGGAAGGCUCCGGCCUGGAAGAGGAGAGAGGGCCUGUGUUUGCCAGGCCAGCUGCCCCGUCGUGGCACCCAGCCCCGCCAGCACCCACCCAGGCCGGCUUCUCGGCCGAAGAAUCCCAGGAGCAAGGGGAGAGCAGCGGGGAAAAGUCAUCCCGAGAACCCACCGGAGAACCAGGGGCUCAGGAGAAGAGAGAGGAUGCCCUGAUGCCUCCCAAGCUGCGUCUCAAGCGCCGCUGGAACGGUGACCGCCAGGCCGACGUCCCCGAGGAGCGCCAGAACGGCCGAGUCCACUGGAACGGGGCGCUGGGCAGCCCCCACCUGGCCACAGCUCCCAAGGCCGUGGCGGCUGCCGCUGCCUCCGACACCUAAACCCGGGGCAGGCUCGCAGGUCCGGCUGCUGUGCUGAAAACAUCUGUGUAUUUAUGUAGCAAGGUUGCAGAGCGUGGGGGGCGGGCGGGGGGCUGGGGCUAGCCUGGUUUGGUAAUUCUAGAAACUAGGGGGUUUGUGUUCUUUGUUUUCAUUGUUGAAUUGCAGGUGAGACGCGGGUGUCUUGCUCCGAUGAGGAGAGGCGAGGGAAGCUGCCCGCCCUUGCGAGCGAGCUUCAGACCUUGCAUGAACUCCGGCGGGGUUGAGGCCUCCACCGGGACGGAGGAACUCCAGACACGGUCUAUUUUAUAUGCGCUCUAGUAUUUAUAGAAGCAGGAAUCUCUGAAUUCAUCUAGUUCCCUUU